AUGUCCGCCCAACCCGCUCACCCGACAGACACAAGAGCUUCCGAACCAGAGACAGAAGUAGACUUCAACCCGCUCGAUCACUCACACAGGAGGUGGAACCCGUUGAAGAGGGAGUGGGUGUUGUGCAGUCCCCACCGCACCAAGCGACCCUGGCAAGGCGCCGUCGAACCUCCCCAACUCACUUCUCUACCGGAGUACGACGACAAGUGUUAUCUUUGUCCGGGGAACGAGAGGGCGGGAGGAAAGAGGACGGAGAGGUAUGAGGGGACUUUUGUUUUCGAGAACGACUUUGCCGCCCUCCUCCCCACUCCCAUCUCCCCUCCCGCUCCCGCCUCCGAAGACCCCUCGACCUCCUCCCUCUUCCAAACCCAACCCGCGCGAGGGAAAUGCUACGUCAUCUGUUUCUCGCCCCGGCACGACUUGACGGUCGCCGAGAUGAGUGAUGAGGGCGUUCAGAGGGUCAUCGAGACUUGGAUCGAGCUUUACAGGGAUAUCUCGCUCGAGAACCCGUGGAUCAAGUACAUCCAGAUCUUCGAGAACAAAGGCUCAAUGAUGGGCUGCUCGAACCCUCACCCGCACGGACAAGCCUGGAGCUUGAGUUACGUCCCGACCAUGCCGGAACGGAUCUUGGCGAGUCAGAGGAGUUGGGCGGAGGAGUGGGAGGGGAAGGCGAAGGAGGGAGUGCCGACUUUGACCAAUGGCCUCCCUUCCCUCCUCCUGACCUACGCCCACUCCGAACUCGCCCUCUACCACUCCUCGCCCUCAACCUCUCGCGUCACCCACCUCGGCGACCACUUUGUCGCGCUCGUCCCGUACUGGGCUGCAUGGCCGUUCGAGGUCCUCGUCGUGCCUUACAAGCGACAUGUACCGAGUUUGGCGUAUUUGGAGGAGGAGGAGAAGGCGGAUUUGGCGCGCACUUUGACGAGUGUUGGGAGGAGGUACGAUAACCUCUUCGAAUGCUCCUUCGCCUACUCGAUGGGGAUCUACCAAACCCCAACCUUCUCCCCCUCGCUCUCGCUCUCCGCUCGCGGCUCCUCCGCCCCAGACGCCUGCUACGCCCAGCUGCACAUCGGGUUCUACCCGCCCCUCUUGCGCAGCUCGACCGUCAAGAAGUACCUCGUUGGGUUCGAGUUGUUUGCUGAGACGCAGAGGGAUAUCACGCCUGAGCAGGCGGCGGUGAGGUUGAGGGAGAAGAGCGAGACGGAGCAUUACAAGAGGGGGUGA